AUGUGGAUGGAGGUCUGGCUCUGUCAGAGCCACUUAAACCGGCGGGGAUUUUUUUUUCCCCUCACUCUGCAGCAGCAAACAAAGAGGAAGAUGGAGAAGUCUCUGUGCGUGUUGACUGCAGUGAUUUUUCUGCGAGCGUUUUCAGACGCGGCGCUGAUGGACGAUGCGUCCGUUCACAGUUUCUCUGCAUCCAGCAACACGACCACAGCCGAGUCCGUCACUGUGGAGCCGCAGGAUCAGAGCACACACCGACCGGCUCCAACCACAGCCGAGACACGAGCAUCCACCACCGGCAGAGGCGAGCAGCUGGACACCAAAUCCAUCAGCAGAGACAGCAGCAAAGAGGAAGGAUCACAUGGCAGCAAGACAGAAGAUAAGAAGACAGAACUGGACUGUCCACCCCUCGGCCUGGAGUCCCUGCGGGUCGAUGACAGCCAGAUCCAAGCGUCUUCCUACCAGCGAGCCGGUCUGGGUCCUCACCGGGGCAGGCUGAAUAUCCAGUCAGGCAUCGAGGACGGGGACCUGCACGAUGGAGCCUGGUGCGCCGAGUACAAGAACCGGGACCAGUGGCUCGAGGUGGACGCCAUCCACCUCACCCUGUUCACCGGAGUCAUCCUGCAGGGCCGAAACUCCAUCUGGAGUUGGGACUGGGUCCACACCUACAAAGUGCAGCUGAGCAAUGACUCUGUGAGCUGGGAAACCUGCAUGAACGGGACAGAAGAAGCAAUCUUUGAAGGAAACCAGAAUCCAGAGACCCCGGUGCUCGCACUCCUCCCUGUUCCCACCGCCGCCCGUUUCAUCCGCAUCAACCCUCAGACCUGGUACUUCAACGGCACCAUCUGCCUCAGGGCGGAGAUACUCGGCUGUCGCGUUGACGAUCCGACUGACAUCUACUCCUCGGAGCGAGAACCAGGAUCAAAGGAUGCUCUGGACUUCAGACACCACGACUACAAAGAGAUGAGAAAGCUCAUGAAGUCUGUGACCGAGGAGUGCCCGGACAUCACCCACGUCUACACCAUCGGGAAGAGCUACAUGGGCCUUAAACUGUAUGUGAUGGUGAUCUCGGAUAACCCCAGCAAACACGAACUAGGUGAGCCCGAGUUUCGCUAUGUGGCGGGCAUGCACGGGAACGAGGCUCUUGGCCGAGAGCUGGUCCUCAACCUCAUGCAGUACUUGUGUAGAGAAUACAAGAAGGGCAACCAACGCAUCGUUCGGCUGGUGACGGAGACGCGAAUCCACCUCCUGCCCUCCAUGAACCCUGAUGGAUAUGAGGAAGCUUAUAAGAAGGGAUCAGAACUGGCCGGCUGGGCUGACGGACGAUACAGCUAUGAAGGUAUCGACCUGAAUCACAACUUUCCAGACCUGAACAACAUCAUGUGGGACGCCCAGGAGACCGCAGCAGAUAAGUCUAAGGUCUCCAACCACUACAUCCCCAUCCCAGAGUACUACACGAAAGAGGACGCCAUGGUCGCACCGGAGACGCGCGCCGUCAUCAGCUGGAUGCAGGACAUCCCCUUCGUGCUCAGCGCGAACCUCCACGGGGGGGAACUGGUGGUCACGUAUCCCUUCGACUGCACCCGUGACUGGGCCCCGCAGGAAGACACCCCCACGGCCGACAACGCUUUCUUCCGCUGGCUGGCCACCGUCUACGCCUCCACAAACCUGGUGAUGGCCAACCCGGACCGGCGCAUCUGCCACUACGAGGACUUCCAGCCGCACAACAACAUCAUCAACGGCGGGGCCUGGCACACCGUCCCCGGCAGCAUGAAUGACUUCAGCUACAUGCACACCAACUGCUUCGAGGUGACGGUGGAGUUGUCCUGUGAUAAGUUCCCUCAUGCCAGCGAGCUUCCCAUCGAGUGGGAGAACAACAAGGAGUCUCUGCUGGUUUACAUGGAGCAGGUUCACAGAGGCAUCAAGGGGGUAGUCAGAGACAAGCUGACCAAACAAGGAAUACCAGACGCUGUAAUCAAGGUGGAGGACCACGACCACGACAUCCGAUCAGCUGCUGACGGGGACUACUGGCGCCUGCUGAACCCGGGCGAGUACAAGGUGGUGGUUUGGGCCGAGGGCUACUUCCCGUCCAUGCGUCGGUGCCACGUUGGGAUGGAGCCACGUCCCACCAUUUGCGACUUCACCCUGACCAAGACGCCCAUCCAGAGGCUGAAGGAGAUCCGGGCCAACGGAGGCAAGAUCCCCCAGGACCUUCAGCUGCGUCUUCGUGCCCUGAGGCUCCGAAAGCUUCGCGCCAGCACCAAGGCCAUCAACCGGCGCAGGGAGAGUCAGCGGGGGCAGCAGGAGCAGCUGCUGCAGGCGAGGAGAGCUCGGUCCUCCGGAGCCCGGAGAGCGUGAGAGGAGGCGAGGAGCUGAAGAAGCGUCAGACAUGAGCCGGAUGAGGCUGAAGGAGUUCAGUUCAAACGGAAGAAACUGACCUUUGGGAACAGCGACAUGUUCUUUAAGUAAUUACUGGGAGGAUGCUAUUAAAGGGUCAGUUCAUCCAAUUUAUAAAAGUGUUUUUUACGUGGUUGCAGUGAUAUCAAAAUUUGUAAGUCAACCAAAGUGGCUUUAAAAUAUAAAAUAAAAAUAAUCAACCAUGAAGUAUUUGGGUGAACUGACCCUUUAAAGCAGAUUAAACCACGACAGUCACACAAGCUCUUACAGAAGUUGACAGGAUACUUAGAAAGCAGGAUUUUUAUACAAAAAACAGACUGAGUCACCUCUGAGAAGUUACACAAAUGUGGGACUUUUUGAAGGAUAACCAACAUCUCCACACGUACGAACAGGCAAUCACUUGACUAGAUUUUAGUUUUGGACAACUGUUUCAUUCUGCAUUAUAGCUGAUGAUGCUGUAGUGUUUGUUGCUUACCCGUAAGAUGACUGGGUUGAGAAUUUAACAGUCAGCUGGUCUGAUAUGUGACAUGUUUUUUUCUAACGCUGUGUGUUUUUGUUUGACAAAAGUCCAAAAGGACCAUAAAAUCACAAAUAAAUAUUACCUAUUUGUAUUAUCUAUAUGGUAACGUCUAAAUCUGAACAAAGGUGAAGAAAAGUAGAACAACAGCCUGCUGUGUUCAGUGGUUCCAACCUGGGGGGUUGAGACCCCUCAAGGGGUCACAAAAUAACAAUGAGGGAUCAUGAUUGAAAAAAUAGGAAAGAAGAAUAAACAAGACAAAGUCUAUUGGCUUUGUGAGCCCGUACUUAGGCAGGUGCUAAUGUUA